UUGAUCGUUCAUUCACCGCUGUUGUUUUCGUGGUGUUAUUUUAUAAAUAAAUACAAUAAACGCGAAAUAAAUAAGCAAAUAAUGAUGAACGCGCAGUAUUUAGAUUUAGUGCAAUAUUACUAAUAUCUCCAAAUUGAGGGCUGAAUUUACUGAAAUAGUAGAAGCUAUCUUUGUGCAAUCUACCUGCACGGUCGGGUGUAAUUUUCAUGAAUAAUUAUUGUGAUUGGACUUAUUGUAUUAUUUUGAAGAUACGUAUAGGGAGUAGGCGUAGCAUAAUGCGUAAAACGCACGAGUGCUUGUGACUCCGUGGCGUCGAACGUCCCGAGGAUAUUUUUGGUCUCAUGACUUGACGUCUUCUCCGCAAUGACGUCAUUCGCAAACCUGACGCAGUCGCUAGCGUCGAGCCUGCCGUCGACGUCGGGCGGCAGUAGCGGCAGCGGCCCGUCCACCAGUACCACCGAGCAGGACGACCCCCUCCACAUGACGCAUAUAAUCUGCAACCUGCUCGAGAACAUGAACCGCCCGGCCGCCGUAGCCUCCACCUCCUCCGCCUCCUCCUCCACCAUGCCCUACGACAUCUGGGCGCUCCCCUCUGGCAGCUCGUACAACCCCGCCGCCCGCGACUACAGCUCGCAGUCCAACAAUAACCACCAAAGCUCCACUAGAGAAGACAACUCCAGCGGCUCCCCCGGCACCUCGUCGUCGGUCUCCAUCACUUGUUUCCGCUGCGACGAGCGCACGCCCACCAUGCGCUGCCUCGAGUGUAACGACCUAUACUGCCACGAGUGCUGCCACAAGGUCACCUCCGACUGCCAGCUCCGCGAGCACACGCUCCUCCCCAUACACCAGAUAUCCCCCAUCGGGGCGCGCCCCAACUCCGUUAGCCACGAGAAGGACGUCGUGUACUGCGAGCUUCAUGGCGACCCCGUCAGGUUCUAUUGCGACGCUUGCAUCGUAUUCAUCUGCCAGGAGUGCACGCUGUGGGUUCACAAAGACCACAAUUACACACCUAUCAAGGGCGCCCUAGACAUGUGCCGCGUCGGUGUCCUCCGCGCUAUAGACGACACGAAGACCGGCACCAAAGCCAUCAAAACCGCUAUCGACCGCGCGGUAGCCAUGUCUAAGGCUUACGAGAAGGAGUCUGCUGAAGCGAAUAUAAAGAUAAGGAAGGCGAUGCGAUGCUAUGCCCAGGCCAUCGAGGACCGCGAGAAAUAUCUGUUGGAUAAAGUAGAGAAAAUGCGACAAGCCAAGAUGAGCGAAUUGACUGACCACAUGAACACGUUACGAGGAAUCCUCGCGGGCCUGGCUCACACCAACGAGACUUUAGUACGCAGCAUGGACUCCGAGGGUCUGGACUUAUUUAUGGCCAAAGAGAAAGGUAGAGCUCAGGUUGAUUACUUUUCCUGUAUGUUCAAGAACAUGUAUAUCGCAGAGGAGAGGAUUAUGUUUAUACCGCCGAAUUACGACUUGGUGGAUCAGUUGAAGCGGCAGUGCGAUGUUCAGUCAGCUCCCAUAAGCAGCAUGCCCCCCAUUAACGCUGCGUCGAUUCCUUCACGCCAGUCCCUGAUGACUCUGCAGUCGUUGCAGACAGGCCAGCAGACGGCUCAGGCGGCUCAGGCGGCACAGGCUGCACAGGCGGCACAGGCUGCACAGGCAGCUCAGGCAGCACAGGCGGCGCAGGUGGCACAAGCCGCAUAUUCAGCCAUAACAACGUACAACUUGUCAGCAGCGGCCAGCAGUUUGCGUUCAAUGCCAGACUACAGUUCUCAUACAAGAUCUACGAACUUUUACGAGCAGAGUAUUACCUCUAGCAUUGCAUUGGACUCAAAUACUGUCAGGGGCAUCGGGCAGGCGAUACCGAGUUCCAGAUUGCCGGUGUCAGUGAGACCGACAAGGAGCUCGAUACCGGGGGUGCCCAUGUUUUCCUUCGGCCGCGAGGGACAAGACGAGGGACAGGUCUCCAGACCAUGGGGACUGUGCGUUGACAGAGAAGGCAACAUCAUCGUCGCCGACAGAAGGAACAAUCGCAUCCAAAUAUUCAACAGUCGCGGAGAAUUCCGAACCAUGUUCGGCUCUAAAGGCACAGGCCCAGGAGAGUUCGACCUUCCGGCGGGGAUCACCACAGACACCAUGGGUCGCAUCAUCGUCAUAGACAAAGACAAUCACAGGGUACAGAUAUUCACUUCUAACGGCAACUUCAUACUCAAGUUCGGCUCGUUCGGCAAAGAUUGCGGCCAGUUCCAGUAUCCGUGGGACGUGGCCGUGAACACGCUCGGCAACAUCUGCGUCACCGACACGCGCAACCAUCGCAUUCAGCUGUUCACUAGCGACGGCUCGUUCAUCACCAAAUUCGUGUUCGAGGGUGCUAACCCUGCAAAGAUGUUGAAGGGGCCGACCACUCCGCGGGGCGUGUGCUUCACUACUUCAGGCAACAUCAUAGUGUCGGACUUCGAGAACCACCGCCUACUGAUGGUGGACCCGACGCUGAGCAAGGUGAUGAUAUGUGUGGGGCGCGAGGGGUCGGGUCUUGGGGAGCUGAACCGUCCAUCGGGCAUAGUGACGGACGACGAGGGCCGCGUCAUCGUGGCGGACUCCAAGAACCACCGCGUGCUGGUGUUCACGGCGGAGCUGCGCAACCAGUGGUCCGUGGACCUCAAGAGUCCCGGGCUGGACGACAAGGACCGGCCCAGCGACGUGGCGCUCACCCCCGACGGCUACCUCGUGGUCCUCUUCGAGACCCUCCCGGACACCGCGCGCGACAUCACAUCUCACGGCAAGCAAUACAUCAAGGUAUAUUAAUUAUAACUAUUACCUAUUAAGAUGAUUUAACCGCAUGGACCUAAGGUCCGUCGUAUUUUAUUUUAUAUUUCAUUUAAGUUGUGAUUUCUUUGAUAAUGUGCCAAUUUUAUUAUUAACGUUUGGAAAUAUUUGAAUCGAGCAUAGCUUGUACGGAGAAUUGGUAUUUGCUCAUAAUUUACAAAAGUCAUGUGCAAAUGGAAUUCUCCUUAAAAUUCUUUCGAUGAGUUUUGCGUUACCAUAAUAAUUUGAUUUUCGUUUCCGUAUAGACUAGUCUUUAAGGACCAAACCUCAUUGCAGUGUUAAUUUACAGUAAUCUAUAUAACAUGUUAGCGACCAUGUAUAAAUCCGCAGUAGUAGUGCUAGUAUAGAGUAGCACUAUCUCCACUAUACUAUACAUAGUCGGAGCACUAUUCCUAUAGUCGAUUAUAAAUCUGUCCAGUCCGAUAACUCUUACGAUUCGUGAACCGUUAGUGAAAACUAUAAAUCGUGAAGAUUAUAAUUAUAUAGAGGAUCACAUUGUGAUGUAAAAGAUGUUUUUAUGUGAGAUAAUUUAAAAUGACUUGAAAAGUAUUUUUCCAAAAUGUUACUUUUUGCGUUUUUUAACCUGAUUAAUAAACGAGUGCAGGCGUUGAGAUGUAUUCUUAUCGUAAGUUAUUUUGCGUAUUCGUUUAGGUAUAUAUUUUUAUUGGAUGUUGGCGUAUGGCACGCUGUUAUGAUAGGUAAUAGUUAGUUUCUAGUUGCUCGAAUAUUUCCGUAUACUCUAUUUCGUUCGCGAAUGGAUGGGAGGGGAAUUGAGGUGUAGCAGAGCAAGGAAAUCAAUGCAAUAAAACUUUGAGACUGACUUUAGAAGACUGUCUUAAAGACGUUGGAGCGGCACACAGCAGCGGCCGGACGGUCACCCGACCACCCGACCGCCCGACUUGUAGGGCGCGAGGUUUCUACCAAAACUUAGAGUCGACGCGAUGGCCGGCGGACGGCGGUCGACCGUCGACCGCGUCGCGUCCCGAUGCAAAUAACUUUGGUUAUGUGUUAGAAACGUGAUAGUUUUAUUUUUGCGAUGAAUUAUAAAUCGUUCUUUUUCGUUAAAUCUAUUAUUAUAGAAUCCUUAUUUUGACUGCCUGGCUAACUUGAUCUUAUUAUUUUAACGUUAUAAGAACUGAAUAAUAUUCUCAAAUGUAGUUUUGUAGGAUACAAUCACGGAGGUGUUAUAUUAUUUUAUUAUUGUCCGCUUGUUUAGUGCGCCACAUGUGUACGUGUAGGGCGUGCGCAUGGCAUACCUGCGCACACGAGGUAUCGUGUAAUUAGUUGCAGUAAUACACGACGACGUUCUCGGGACUUGUCUUUAAAUUAGUUAAUUGAAUAGAUAUUCUUCUAUAUAUUGAUAAUGUUUAUUAGCUAAUAUCGUGUGGCUCGUAUACAAAAAUCUUGUAUUAGUUCAAAUAUUGUAGCGAAAUUCUCUUCUAAAAUUUAUAAAUUGAUUGCAUAAUCUAUUUUAAUGUAAUGGUUAGGUAAUGUAAUGUCGUUUACAGGCGACGGUGAAAUGUGUUCAUUCAGUAUGUGUUCACUUACUUAUACUAUUUAAUGUAAGUUUAGUUGCAUGCUUGGUGCGUGAAUGCACGUGAGCACCCUAGUUGAGUAGCGCGCGCCGCCGCGGGCGCGGGGCUUGUGUGGCGCUUUGUAUGCCCCUAUGUGUACGUCUUAUUAUUGAUAGUUACAAGUAUUUUAUUAGAUAUGUGAUUAACCACAUAGUUAGCAACAAGUUACCUAAACGAGCACGGAGCGGUCCGCAGAGUAAGUGGCAUAUAAAACUAAAUAAUAGCAAUAUUAUAAUCACACUUGCACAUUUAGUCACACUGUGACAGGUACUACGUUAUAUUACUGCCAUCUAUACAAUUAAUUAUAUUAACAUAUAUUUUAAAUAGCAUAAUCGUAUAUCCGUUAUAGUGUGGAUAAAUUAGAUAUGUACAGCAUAUAAUACAUGUAGCUGGUCACUAAUAUUUAUUUUUAAAUGUCACAUUAAUAGUUAUGGUUUGCUUUCUAUACAUUUCCUACUCGUAUCGUUACUGCAUAUUAGAUGUGAAUAUUAUAAAUACAGGAUCAGGUUAAUGUUAACACGUUAAUUUACAGUGUAAGGUAGUAUGUAGUGUGGGCGCCCGGCCGCGCCACGUCCCGCCAUCUGUUAAGUUUGGUCAAUUAGUUUCUUGUGCCCAUUUUGAGCUUAAACGUAGCCAAUCGUCCCCCAAGCCGCGGCCGGGUGCGACACAGUUAGCGAAUCCCCCAUUGAAGCAUAAUGUUGCUAAAUAAAUUAAGGUCUAAACUAAACUAACGAUUUUCACCUUUGUACUUAGAGUUAAGGUAGCAUAGUCUCACAGAAAUAUUUCGUUAACUGUAAGUGGUAUCCUAUCGUGUAAACACUACCGCUUCAAACAAAAAUUUUCGAGUGAAGAAGUGAAGUGAAAUCAUAGGUGUAGACUAAGGAACUGAUUUGAACCGUAUCGACUGGAUAAUGAGUCUGAAAUUAAUGUUAGAGUAUUGGAUAAGAGAAAAUUAUUGUUUGAAGUCAAACUACAAUUAGGAGGUGACUUGAACGUUCGGACGUUUCAUUUCUUCAUUAGAAUAGGAGCGACAUUGGCGAGUGUGGUCUUCGCGCGACACGGGUAUCAAGCCUGUAGAAGCUGCCGACUCCCAAAUUGAACGAUAAUCACAAACCCCCCCACAUCUGCAGAUCAGAUAUUGACGCAGACCCGGCGACGCCCACACCGUCCGUGUGCACAGAGCUCAAUAUUUGUAUGCAGUGUAUUGCGUCUUGACAGUGAAUUGACAAAUUACGAGAAAUAAUUACUAUGAUUUUUCAUAUCAGUUAUAAAUAACGCAAUUUAAGUUUAUUUCUUAUUCAGUGCCAUUUUAAAAGUAUUACGUUAUUUUCAAAAUAAUGUGUUGCAUGAAAUGCAUUUCUUUACUAUAUGUAUUCAAAGAAAACCUUGAAGUCAAAUUUGAAAUAAUAUUUUAUUGCUGACAACGAAUCUCAUAAUGUAAUGAACCGUUGGCCCUGCUCGCGGGCAGCGGCCGCCAGGUGGAUUUGCAAAGCAAACUCCGGGACCGGUGUUGUUAUCCCAACUGGUACAUUCGAAGAACAGUAUCAGUUAUAAAGCUAAUCAGCCCAAUGUUUUUUUUAUUGUAAUGAAUUUAUCUUUCAUUUCAUAGGUCAGUUUUCAUUUGAUGAAGUGUUAGGUAGCAACUACCUCCUCGCGUGAGAGAAUGUAGGGCGAAUGUCAGCUUAGUUGAGAGUUCCGCCUCGCCACUUCAUCAAAUGUAACAUUACAAUGUGGAUAAAAUCUGCCUACUUAUUUCUCCCAUCAGGUGUUGCUACUGUUGAGUGUUCUUAAAUUUUCAAAUUUCAAUCAAAACUGCCUUUUUGCAUCUGGUGGCUUUUCUUUUUCGUAACUCAUCCUUCAGACGGGAUACACUCCACGUUGCUCCACAUUUUCCAUUCACACACACAUUCCAUUGCGGGUUGGUGGAGGUGUUUUUACGGCUAAUAGCCGGGACCAACGGCUUAAUGUGCCCUCCGAAGCACGGAAUCAUCUUACUUUUUCGGACAAUCAGGUGAUUCAAGCCUGAAAAGUCCUUACCAAACAAAGGACAGUCUCACAAAGUGAUUUCGACAAUGUCCCCAUCGGGAAUCGAACCCGGACCUCCAGAUCGUGAGCCUAACGCUCUAACCAGCUCUAGCAAUUUAUCACAAAUUUUAGCUGGACAGUAUGGAGAACUGACAAAAUUUAGUAACACUCAACGGUGCUGCGCCUACAUUUGAGCUUCUAGUUUUUAUCCUCAUUGCAUGGAAUUGAGGCUUGACAUUGUAGUAUUCUGCAAUCGUAAACCUGAUUCAGCUAUAAGCUACAGUAAGCAUUACUUAAUAUUUAAACAGUUCAUUUAAAUUGUAUGAGUUGGUUAUGUUUUUAAAAUUUUUUGUUACUUUUUUGGCUUUGCGGUCGUAUCAAAAAUGUACAUGUUGGAUUCAAAUGUGAAUCGCACUUGUAAAGUGGAUGGAGAGGAACAUCAUUACAUUACCUGGUUGAUAGGACCGCAGGGUCGAGAAUGGAUUCGAUCGUGACAACGCGACGUACUUUGUGAGCCCUGCUAGUUGCUGGCAGGAAAAUCGUAAUUUUGUGAUAGGUACAAUAAAAUUGACAACUUAAUAUUUGAUAAUUUUUGUACAAGUUUUCGAUGUGAACGAAAAACGGUUACAUCAGGAUUACGAAUGAUAUUCAAAGCAUUUCAUCUUAUCAGAGAGAACACCUGAAAAUAUGGUACAAAAGUGUAUGGAAUGAGUGCGGAGUGAGACGCAACACGGAAACUGCAUAAUAUUAAUAUAAUUAUGAGAUUUUAGUGAAUUGUAUUGAGCCAUUCUCGUGCUAUUUUUGUAACGUUAACUAGGCGCUUGUGUUGUGUUUAGUCUUAGUGUAAUCGUUAGCAUGUUGUUCCCUGCGCUGCGCACAGCCUGCGCCGGCGCACGUCGGCCGGGCCGAGUCAGAGCCGCGCAGGGGGUAGCAUGCUACAAUAAAUAUCAUUAAGAUGUAGUAUUUUUGUACGGCCGCGCGCGGGGCGCGGGGCGCGGGGCUCGGGCGGUGCUGGGUGGUGGCUCGUGACGUCACUGCGGCCCGCGCGCCGCGCGCGGCCAUUUGCUAAGGUUAACCACACCUACCUCAUGUAAUAAAAGUAAGUUUAUUUAAGACUGAUCGAAAUUAAUGUAACCGGUGGUGUAAUCACCGUAGUAGAAGCCUGUUGUCUACUAGUAAUAUUAAUUUGUAGCUGUAUUAUGUAUGUUUCAGUUUGAGUAUAUCCAAAUUUAAGUUGUAAUCGACGAGUAAUAUCGCACAUUUUACUAAAUUUCAGUUUUUUAUCCGUGGACAACAGUGUUUUUCUUUUACACCUAAUUCUAUGUAUCUUAUGUUAAACUUCUGAAAUAUUGUUGAAAGAAGACUGAAAUUUUAUAAAUGUUCCUAUAUUUUAAUUUAGAAUAAUUUACUGCCUACCAUAUUUUCAUUUACAUUAUGUUUACCGUUUCCCUGGUAAUCAUUACUUUAAAUUCUUAUAAUCUUAUCAAUUGUGUAUGACGCUAUAUAUGUCAUGGAAUUUUUGAAAUUUUUAAUGGAAUUUUGUAUGAAAAAUUAAUCAAGUGAUUGAUAGAAA